UGCAGAGAGGAGUCGCAGAGUGCAGGGAGCAGAUUAUUCUGUCCUUAAAAGAAGCUCCCAUCCUGCAAAAGAGCAGCUUCUCCAGCCCCAUCGGAUGAUGCACUGGUCCAGCAAGCAACUUUUCCAAUAGACGUUUAGUUGCAUUGCUUUGUCGAGGAGUGACAACCAUGACUCGACUACCUGUAUUGUGUUUGCUGCUCUGCUCUGUGUUUCAUUCUCUCUUGGCACAGGAUGAUGUUGAUCUGGCUCAAUCAUGUGCAGCGAUGUCUUGCGCUACACCCUCUGAUGAAAAUUCAUUAAGGUCAUAUCAAAUCUCGUUGGAUAAGAUCAACUGCCCAAUCAAUGUAUACUUCAUCAUUGAUACAUCUGAGAGUAUCAUCCUCCAAACUGCACCAAUCCAGAGUUUACUAGAUCACAUGAAACGCUUCAUUCCUAAAUUCCUUGAGAAGUUGGAGAAUGCGGCAUAUCUAGACCAGGUUAUGCUGUCUUGGCAGUAUGGUGGCCUCCAUUACUCAGAUGAGGUGAAAUCAUACAGCAAAAUGACCACCAAUAAGAAUCAGUACAUAGAAGAUCUCCGCAAAGUGCAGUACAUUGGUCGCGGUACCUUUACAGAUUGUGCCAUCUCCAAUAUGACAGCUGAAAUUCAGGCUCAAAUCCAGACUCAAACCGAGAAAACCACCAAUUUUGCCAUAGUUAUCACAGAUGGUCAUGUGACUGGAAACCCAUGUGGUGGUGUGAAGUUCCAGGCAGAUAGGGCUCGGGAUCUUGGAAUCAAGUUGUUCGCUGUUGCUGCAAGCCAUGAUGUUUAUGAAUCAGGGCUUCGAGAGAUCGCAAACCUUCCUCAUGAGUUGUACCGGAACUCAUACACUGUGACCACUGCUGCAGAUCAGACCGUAAUAGAUGAGAAAACCAUUGAUAAAAUAAUCCAGGUCAUGAAACAUGAAGCUUACGGAGAGUGCUACAAACUCAGCUGUUUGCAGAUUACAGGACCCAAAGGUAUGCCAGGGCCAAGAGGACAAAAGGGUGCAAAGGGAAAUGCUGGUGACCCUGGAGAUUUAGGAGCAAAAGGACGACAGGGGGACCCUGGAAUUGAAGGACCAAUUGGUUACCCUGGUUCAAAGGGACUGUCGGGGUUCAAAGGGGAAAAGGGAGAUUUUGGUGGAGAUGGACGUAAGGGAAUUGCUGGGUCACAUGGAAGAAAUGGAACAGAUGGACAGAAGGGAAAAUUUGGUCGUAUUGGUACCCCUGGCUGUAAAGGAGAUUCUGGAGAAAAGGGUCCAGAUGGUUAUCCAGGAAAUGCUGGAGAUCGUGGAGAAGAUGGAGAUGCUGGUAUAAAGGGUGAUCCUGGACGUCCUGGUCGUUCUGGACCACCUGGGCCAUUUGGAGAAAAAGGAGAUAAGGGUCCUGCAGGGAACAGUGGAGCACCGGGAUCUCCUGGAACGAAAGGCGGUAAAGGAGGCCUUGGUACAGAAGGACCAAAAGGAGAACCUGGACGCAGAGGGGACCCUGGAAAUAAGGGAGCUUCAGGAGGAAAUGGUUCCAAAGGAGAGAAGGGAGAUCCUGGCCCAGAGGGUCCUCGAGGCCUUGGGGGAGAAGCUGGACUUAAAGGAGGAAAGGGUGAUCGCGGACCACCAGGACCACGGGGAGACCAAGGACUUCAAGGUCCUCCUGGCAGGAAUGGGUCACGUGGAGAUCCAGGUGACAUGGGAGAGAGAGGAGUUUCUGGACAAAUUGGACCCAAGGGAGACCGAGGAAGACCCGGUAUCAGUUAUCCAGGACCAAGAGGUCUAUCGGGAGAUAAAGGUGAAAGUGGUCCACCAGGACCAAGGGGUGGGAGAGGAGACUUUGGUUUGAAAGGAGGAGCUGGAACAAAGGGCGUACCAGGAGAGCCUGGAGACCCUGGCCCUGAAGGAGAACCAGGACCCCGAGGGCAAUCUGGCGAACCUGGCUCUCCGGGUGACAUUGGCCCCUCCGGUGAUCCCGGACUAACAGACUGUGAUGUCAUGACUUACGUCAGAGAGACAUGUGGUUGCUGUGAUUGUGAGAAACGUUGUGGGGCUGUGGACAUCGUAUUCAUUAUUGACAGCUCUGAGAGUAUCGGAUAUACAAAUUUCUCUCUGGAGAAAAACUUUGUCAUCAAUGUUGUAAGCAGGCUGGGAGCUAUUGCUAAAGACCCGAACUCUGAUACAGGUGCCCGAGUUGGUGUGGUCCAGUACAGUCAUGAAGGCACAUUUGAGGCAAUCCAACUGAACGAUCCCCGUAUUGAUUCCUUGUCCAGCUUCAAGGAAGCAGUCAGACGCCUGGAAUGGAUAGCUGGAGGUACCUGGACUCCUUCUGCUCUUCAGUUUGCCUACAACAAGUUAAUCAAAGAGACCAGACGUGACAAGGCCAAAGUAUUCGCUGUCGUAAUUACUGAUGGACGUCAUGACCCCAGAGACCCAGAUGAACGUCUCCAGGUUCUAUGUGGUGGAGAUGUCGAUGUCAAUGCCAUUGGUAUUGGAGAUAUGUUCAACAAACAGGAAGAAGAUGAGACUCUGACUUCCAUUGCCUGCAACCAGGCACAGCGUGUGCAGAAGAUGAAACACUUCUCUGAGUUGGUGGCAGAUGAAUUCAUAGAUAAUAUGGAGGAGCGACUGUGCCCAGAUCCCCAGAUUGUGUGUCCGGACCUGCCAUGUCAGACAGAGCUUGCAGUUGCUCAGUGCACACAGCGUCCCGUGGACCUUGUCUUCAUCUUGGAUGCUUCAGAACGAAUUGGCAAGCAAAACUUCCAGCACUCAGCAGCUUUCGUGGAAGAGGUGGGCCGCCAAUUGUCACUUGCCCGCAGAAAUGAUGACCCAGCCAAUGCUCGUGUGGCCCUGUUGCAGUAUGGAGGAAAGGAUGAGCAAGAUGUAGUGUUUCCCCUGACCUUUAAUCUGACAGAGAUCUCAGAAGGGCUUGGACGUCUCAAUUAUUAUGGCUCAUCUUCCAACAUUGGAGAUGCCGUAAUCUUCGCCAUCAACAAGGUUCUAAAGAGUGACACUCGAGGUGCUCGACGGUAUGCUGAGCCAUCAUUUGUCUUCAUCACUGAUGGAGUGACUGGACGUCAAGGAUUAGAGGAAGCUGUUGGUUCCAUGAGAAAGAAUAAUGUUGUUUCUACCUUGGUAUCUGUGGGACCUGACCUAGACCAUGAAGUUCUAACACAACUCAGCAUGGGCGAGAGAGCAGCCAUCUUUAAGGAAGAUGACUACUCUAAGCUGAGCAAGAGUGCUUUUAUGGACAGAUUCAUACGCUGGGUGUGCUAGACAUGAUUGAGAAAGUGGGAAAGACAUAUACAUACAAAGGCGAUCAUAGACACAAACCUUAAUAUUUCAAUAAGUGAGAAUACUCCAGUUAGAAAAACUCUUACAAUACUGAGCAUGAGCUGAUUAAACAAGGGAUCUGAGGUGAUCUCUGAUAAGUAGGGCACAACAAGAUUGGAGAGUCUUUUCUGAAUGGACACAUUUCUCCCUUCUUGAAAAACGUAAUACAAAGGAUCAAGGACACACAGGCAGACAAAAAAAAAGAGGGGACUCCUUUGACUGACACUGACAUACUUAUAGAUUGGAACACACUUUUUAAUGCAUUAAGGUUGUAUCUUUUUUGAAGUUUGAAGAAAUUUUGAUACAUCUAACAUGAACAGUGAAUAUUGCAUACAAUUACAUACACACAGUCACACAUCAUAAGCACACACAAGUGUACAAACUCAUUUUGUGUUUUUGAAAUCUGUAUCUUUGUUGUUUUUAGUAUAAUUACUAACGGAUAAAUCUUACAGUGUGACUCAAGCCAUUAGGACAUCUCUAAAAGUGUCACGUGGAUUGUGUCACAUUAAUGGUGCUAAAUGUAGACCAUUCAUGAUUUCAUGAUUUCCUGCACAUGUGGCAGGCAAAAGAGAGGGCAAUGGAAGUUAGUGGAGAUGAUGGUACUUCGAAGAGAGGGAAUUAUAUACACCAAAAGUGGCGAACAACAGAGCUACCUGUGCAUUAGGCGACUUUCUGAAAAAUCUCAGAUCUGAUGUAAUGAAAAUAAAAAAGCCCUCAUGUCA